GAGAGAUGGAGACUUCUAGAGAGAGAAACCGUACGGUGAAGCGAAGGAUCUGAAGUCUACGAGAAGGUGAGUGAGGGAAAGAGAGGCCUUACGCUUCUGAUCUGAAAUUUGAUGAUUUCUUGUGAUGUAUAUCUACAGUUUUCCCUAAUUUUGGCCUUUCUUCCUCUCUUAUGGCUAGAUUUCAAGUUAUCUAUGCAAGAAAAUGUUGUUGAUUUCUGGUCACCAUUUGGCCUAAGUGGAAGCAGUUGAGCAUACUUUAUGAGAAAAUAUAGGGAAAAUAAGUUAUUUAUAUAUAUUCUGGUUGGUAUCAAACAGAGUGGAGGAAAUGUCAUUCCGCAGCAUAGUCCGUGAUGUAAGGGAUGGCCUUGGGAGCUUAUCAAGACGGAGUUUUGAGGUGAGGCUACCAGGGCAUCACAGGGGGAGAUCUCAUGGUGCAGUCCAUGAGUUGCAUGACCAGCCUCUUGUCAUCCAGAAUAGCUGUUGGGCUAACCUCCCUCCUGAGCUUCUUCAAGAUGUGAUUAAAAGGUUAGAGGCUAGUGAGGGUACAUGGCCUGGACGCAAAAAUGUUGUUGCUUGUGCUGCUGUGUGCAGGUCAUGGAGGGAAAUGUGCAGAGAAAUUGUUCAAAGCCCUGAGUUUUCUGGCAAAAUUACCUUUCCUGUUUCCCUGAAGCAGCCAGGGCCUCGGGAUGGAACCAUUCAGUGUUUCAUUAAGAGAGACAAAGCUAACGUUACUUACCACCUCUACCUUUCCCUUAGUCCUGCCUUGCUUGUUGAGAAUGGAAAGUUUCUUCUUUCUGCAAAAAGGAAUAGGCGAACUACUUGCACAGAGUAUGUGAUUUCCAUGGAUGCCGAUAACAUCUCACGAUCAAGCAGCACUUACAUAGGGAAACUAAGGUCAAAUUUCCUUGGCACUAAAUUCAUUAUAUAUGACACUCAGCUACCACUUAAUAAUGCUCAACUUUCCCCAUGUGGGCGUACAAGCCGUAGGUUCAACUCAAAGAAAGUUUCUCCCAAAGUCCCUACAGGCAGUUACAACAUUGCUGAGGUCACAUAUGAGCUAAAUGUACUAGGGACGAGAGGUCCACGCAAGAUGCACUGUGUCAUGCACUCAAUUCCUGCUUCUGCCCUUGAGCCAGGUGGAACUGUCCCAGGCUAUUCAGAGCUCCUGUCUCGCUCUCUUGAAGACUCGUUCAGGAGCAUCUCAUUCUCAAAAUCAAUUGGCAGCUCAAAUGAAUUCAGUAGCUCCCGGAUCUCAGACAUCAUUGGUCCUCAUGAGGAAGGAGAUGAUAGAAAGGACAGACCUUUGGUUCUCCGGAACAAGGCACCAAGAUGGCACGAGCAGUUGCAGUGUUGGUGCCUUAACUUCCGGGGUAGGGUAACUGUUGCAUCUGUCAAGAAUUUCCAACUGAUUGCUGCCACACAGCCCGUUGCUGGUGCGCCAGCACCACCACCUCAGCCAUCCCAAUCUGACCAUGACAAGAUCAUCCUGCAGUUUGGUAAGGUUGGAAAGGAUAUGUUUACCAUGGAUUAUCGAUAUCCUCUGUCAGCAUUUCAGGCUUUUGCUAUCUGUUUGAGCAGCUUUGACACCAAACUGGCAUGUGAAUAGAAGAAAGAAAUAGUUUUAGCUGUUAAUGCUCUUACUUGUUAGAGCUUCAUAGAAUUGGGAGACUUGUAUGCCAUCAGUGUAUAGCUCGAAGCCAGACUGGGAGGUGCUGGAACAAUUUUCAUGGCACACAUUGGAAGAGAGGUUUUGUUUUUUUUGUUUUUUCUUUAUCCACCUCAGUUCCCCCCCCCCCCCUCUCCCGCUCCGCUCUGCUUGUAGUUAGUCUGCUUGAAUUGUUCAAUGCCCUAUGGCCCUAUGUUGUUAACUUUAAUUUGGUAUUUUCUUCUAUGUUGAAUUAACCCUGAAACUUGAGGAAAAUUGCCAGAGCUUGCAGUCUC